UAAGCAUUUUCCACAUGAAAGUCUUUAUUUUGCUAAUUAUAAGUACGAUCAAGUAGCUUUCUAACCACAAAAGAGGAACUAGGCCAACCUUAUCAAUUAGCUUUAAAUACCGUACCAAUAUUAGUAGGAAGUACAAAGAACCAAAACUCCACACUAUGGUUGGUUAUGGUGCCCUUCCGCUCAACGUGUUACCUGUGUCGUUCCUCACGAAUAAGGAAACUCGAAUUGCCAUGGAUACUUCUGUUGUCAUCUCUACCAAUAAUUCAAAGAGAAAUAUUAGUAAUAUAAAAAAUAAGGGGUUCAAAGAUUUUCAAUGUUUUGUGCAUGCCAUUUCAAAGGACAGCUUCGUCAAUGAUCAAAUCUCUUUUACAGAUGAAAAUCAGCUUGAAGAGUUGGUGAAAAAGAUUAAGAUGAAAAUAAUGGCAAGCAAAAGAUACGGUGAUAUAGAAGAAUUGGUUAUAAUUGAUGCUAUACAACGAAUAGGUCUUGAACAUUAUUUUCGAGAUGAAAUCGGUGCUGCUUUAGAAAAGCAUUAUGAUUUAUAUUAUAGUACAAUCGGAGAAGGUACUGAUAAUCUUCAUGAUCUAGCUCUUCGCUUUCGCCUGUUGAGACAACAAGGAUACUAUGUAUCUUCAGGUAUUUAAUUUUUAAUUUUUAUUUAAGAUAAGGUGAAAGAAGGUUAUAACGAGUUGAAACCUCAUAUAGUCAUA